UCAUGGGAAGUCUUUCCCGACAAGAUUGCAUUAUCGCCAAUAUUGGCCCAUCGUGCCGUCACUGCGCAUCGUGUUACAUUGCCCAUUGCCGUGCAAGCCUCAGCUAUAGUCGCCGGUGAUUAGGACGCGAAUCGCUUGCACUUUACGCAGACUGGCGGUUCCGCUGGCUCGAGGACACUGGCUCGCAUACGCCAUAUCCAGGCAACGGCAUAGCGGUGCGCGCAUGCAGGGUAUUGGCGAUAGUUGCUACCAGUGUGCGAGUAUGGGCAUGUAUCAUUGUAUGCCCUGCACGCUUCCAGCAAGUACACCAUCGCAUGUGCACAUGGAGUGAGAAAACUGCCUAUGGUGUGAAAGCAGACAGCAUGGUUGACCGUUCCAAGGUGGUCUACAGCACGUAAAUUGUCCAAGGGGAAAGUACUGGCCACUCAGAGAUACCAGGGCCCUGAUCCUCGGCUCAACGCGUAAUGCUACUGCUGUGGAGCAUUCCGUUUCCAGUGCGGAGGCUUGUUGCGUCUUCCACCUGCUCGCCUAAUCUGGAGAUAGUAAUCAACGCUGUUGUCCUUCUUGGCUGCCCAAGGUCAAAGCAAGCGGAAACUAGAUCGAUGGUGAUACUACGCACUGAAGGUGUGUAUUGCUUUCAGACACCACUACCUUUACAUUACAACAGUAGUUCUAGUAACCGGAGGGUAUCUUUUGCUCAUCAUACGUUUAGCAGCAGCAGCAGCAGCAGCAGCAGCAGCAGGCGAUUAAACGAAGCGUAUAUGCCUGGUCGAACAGUAUUCGGUGAACACAAGUAUCAGUGAGGAACUCACUUUUAUCCACCUACGUCUGCGCGGGUGUGUGUCUGACCACGGAGGGGCGUGGAGAAAAAGUUCAUGCCGAGGACGUAGCGUGCAGCCCAGCAAUGGAAUUGGGACUGGUGAAGAGCUGAAUCCAGUGAGCGCCCACCACAGUGGCAGCAAAACUCAGUAUGUCAGGACUAGCUAGCUAGCAACACGUCAAGCAGACAGCCCCAGCUGGCAGCAAUCAGCCUUUGGGAGCUGGAGCAAAGCUACAGAGUGGGAGGAGGCGUCUUCAUCACCAGCUGCGCGGUCAUCACAGAGAGAAGAAUAUGAAGGACGGCGAGAUCGUGCACCACAGUAACCAAAGCUCCGCUUUGUUUCGACCGGUCGACACCCAGGUGGAGAGGAUCUUCAAGCAGGGCAUACUGAGCAAGGCGCCGCCUCUCUAUGCGGCCAAGAAAGCACAACGUUUGAAGAACCUCAAGCCAUGGCGGCGGAGGUACUUUGUGUUCAUGGAGGACACCAACAAACGCCUGAGUCUCUGGUACUACAAGACCCAGGACGACUUCACCAGGGGCAACCGGGCCAGCGGCGUCAUCUUCAUCGAGUCCUACUUGGCACUGUAUCACCUGAAAGUAUCCGGCGACAAGUAUCCGUUCUGCCUGGCAUUCCAGUUUCUCAUCAAGACACUCCGCUUUGCAGCCGGAACACCAUCUGAACUUCUGGAAUGGCUGGAGGUUUUCCGACUGCACUUGCCACGACCACCGGCCCUGUCUUUACCGCCAUUGCCAGCCGCGGUCACAAAGGCACACCCGGAGCAUGUGACGUGCGAGGCAGCGAACAAACCAGCCGCCGACUCGCUGGGCAGAGGUGCUCCGAGCAGCCAAUCGAAACACCCUCAGCCAAACAGCGCGGAUGAGCAACCCCAGGAAGACCCCGCGGCGCUACACCACCACCACCACCAGGCGCACGCAAGCAGUCAGUGGCAACAGGACACACAAGGUGGUGCACAGCAGCAGCAGCAAGUCACAGGUCAACCCCCAGGCUCGGCAAGUCCAGCAGCAGCAGGAGCAGGAGCAGGAGCAUGGCAGAACAACCCAGCAACAGGCAACGGUGAGCGCAGCAGUCGUUACCCAGAGCAUGCAUUGCUACCUCAAAGUGCUAGCAGCAAUGGAGGCCAAUCUCAGCAACAGAAAAUGCCCCGACACGACAGCUUCGACAGUGGACCAGCGCCUACGACAAGGCCACCGGCAGCACCAGCACCCUAUCGCCGACCGGCAUCAGCCAUCGACUACGAAACAAUAUCCUAUGGUGACCGGGGCGCACCGACACAUGCGUUUAGUGAGGAUGAAGUCGGGCUGGAGCACCGAUCAUCUGCAAUCAGUCGCCGCUGGAAGUCCGAGAUGGCCAUCAUGGUGCAGGACGAGGACCUUUACGACGACGUGGAGAUCGUCGGCGCGGAUACGGACAACGAGGGCAUGCACACAGCAGCCACGGCCAGGACGCUAGACACGCCGAGAAUACCCAAGGCGUUCCGCGACAAGCCACUUCCAAUACUACCGUCGUCGACACCACAAAGGUUACCACCGGCCGGCUGCGACGUUCCCGACAAACCCAGCUGCAGCAGCAGCAGGCCCACUGCUGUUGUCGCCAACACCAGUGCAGCAGAGCAGGCAAUGGAUGACGAUGCGUACGAGUUUAUGAUUGCUGGCGAUAUAUCCGGAGGGCAAGCGUCAAUGAUGCCGGUGAAUGCUCCUGUGGCAAGGCUCCGUACCAGAGCGGCUCCUGCUGCCAGUACAGCACCACGGAACAGCAUAAUGCAGCAGUUCAAUGGCGGCGGCGACACUCGGCGAUCAACACUGGAACGAGACGCGGACGAAGUGGAAGCGUUCAUGAGAGCGCACGAGAACGCAGAGGCAGCCGCGAACGAAGAAUCCGGCGAGAUCUAUGAGCGGGUCACCAAGAUGGGGAAGUCCCUGCUGAGUUCGGAGACCAAGCACCAAUUAAUGUCAUCUCUGGCACCGUUUCAAACGCAAGAAAAACCACCACCACUUCCAGCAAAGCCAAAGUCAGAAACACUGCCACCAACAGAGCCAAGGGGUGACAAGUCUGACAAGCGGCCACGCUAUGCACAAGUUGAUCUCACAAAGAAACAGAGCAAUCAAGGCAUGGCUGCACCUAGCAGCCGUUUCCGUGACAGCCGAGAUCGACCAACCGUUGCGGUGCUGGCUCCUCAGAGGAGCCGGCAGAGAGUGACGUUCGCCGACCAGGUUCCAGGGCGUAAUCAACCGCUGGUGGAGGACGUGGAGGCAAACUCGCCGUCACCAUCACCGUCGCCGUCACCGGAACCAACCAAUCCACUACAAAGCAUGCAGCAGGGCCAGGACAGCUACUAUCCUGUCGGUGGUACAGCAGCAGCAGCAUCAGUGACUGCAGCACAGCAGCAGCAUGGGCGUGCUGGCACCAAUGCUGUUCAGCCUCAAGUCAAUAGGCAAUCCUAUCAACAGCAACAACAGCCCCAGCAGCACCAGCAACAGCGACAGCAGCGACAACAGCAGCAGUAUCAACAUCAGCAAAGUGCACCAGGUCACCAGCUACUAGCGGCCAGGAUAUCACCAGCUAUAACCACCACCAGCUCAUCGUCCUCAGCAGCAGCACACAGUAGAAUGUCGUCUCGACCAGGCUCACAGAUGCUGCCUGACAGCAGCUAUCCAGCAUCGUGCACAAGCGAGCAGCUGGUCACCGAGAUACACCGAGCGGCCGUAGAUCUAAACGGAGCCAGCGUCGUUCAGCCUAGUCCGGGUCCAUCAUCCUCAAGCAGUGCCGGUGUGGUCCGGAGGCGAGUGGUGAGCGGUAUUAGCGGUAGUAAUGGUGCGGUGGCCACUGAGCCACCACCACGCUCAUGGCAGAACACCGCCGACAUUACCGCCAAGCUAGGACCCAGAAUGGCAGCUGACGGCGCGUCCGGAUCCGAGAGCAACAUCGCCCACUCGGCGCAGAAGCAUCAACAGCAGCAGCAGAAGUAUCACUGGGAAGAAAUGCAACAUCAUCAGCAGCAACAGCCACAGCAACAACAUCACCAGCAGCAACAACAUCACCAGCAGCAACAACAACAGCAGCAGCAGCAAAAGAAGAGAAAGAUCACGACCAGGGUUGUCAACAAGGGUCGCGUUGUGAGCGCAGAGACUGCACGCCGCGGGGCCAACCUCGCUGGAGCUGCCGUUAGUGUCCUGUAACUGUCCAGCACACCCGUCCCCAAGCACUGCAGUCACAGGCCAGGCAGCACAUUACCACUCAGUGCCAGGAAACAUCUACUUGUAGCUUGGAGCAUGACAACUCCCCUGUGUCCAGCACCUAGUCUCCCGAUUACCGGUAUUAGCCAGGACACUAUUGCAAAGGUAUUGGCACCAUUGUUGUUUAUGCUUGACGCCAGUAUCCACUGAAGCUGCUGAAUCCCACAUCGCCAGACAAGAACAAUCCAAAGAAAUCAGACCUAUUCGCUAUCGUCUAUUUUACAAUUGAACUAACCAGAUGUCCAACAAUCAAGAACUAACAGUUGAGCUCCCAUUGAUCUUUGUUUUGUUUGUCAAACACUAUCAAGAUCAUAGCCAUACCUGUAUGAGUAGGUCAUUGCAGCUACUUGACGAAUUUGUGCUGUCCUGCUCAUGUUAGCUGGUGCACUCCCCCAGACUCUCUGGGUUAUAGCAUUUUGAUUUUUUUUAAUGGCUUGAGUUACAAUGAACUCUUCAUCCUGGUGGUCCGACAUGCUGUCACUCUACUUCAUUCCCAUCACCAUGGCUUGUUCCUGAGCAAAGUUGAGCACUAGAAGAGAAAAGAAUAAUGAAUCCAG